AAAAAACCAAAUAAAAAUAAAUAAUAAAAUAAAAUUUUUUGUUUUUUGCUUUUCCAACUCGAAUUCGACAUAGGCAAAAAUUUGAUUGGUCAGCUGAAAAGCUUUGGCUGGUGCAAGCGAUGACUGCGGCGGAGACUGAGGAGAACGGCCCAAGCAACAGCAGCAGGAACUGCGCGGACGCGCCCCGGUCGGGGCUGCCGCCGGCGCAGGAUCAGGUACGGGAUCAGAGGCUGGAGCUCAAGCAAUCGCCGAAUGCCCGAACCGAUCUGGCUCAGGGCUUCCCGUGUGCCGGCGGCCAGCCGAAGGUGUAUCCAACGCUGCGGCUGCGACUGCGCGAGACGAUCCAGAGCGUGCCGGAGGCGGCUGAGACGGACAACGUUCCGGUGCUGGUUCAGGGCCCAAGGCAGGCGGGCGGCCGGUCGAGCAGCUCGACGAGUCGCCUGGUCCGUCAGGCGGUCACCCAGCCGCGACGGGUGUCCACGCCGCCAGCGUCUACGCGUCCUGUGGAGAUGAUGCCGAUGCCUUCGCCGUCGCCGUCGCCGUCAGCGUCGGCGUCAGCGUCAUUGUCGCUGCCCAUGCAAUCGCCGGAGCAUAGCUACAGCAGCGGCGGAGGCAGCGGCAGCGGCAGCGGCAGCGGCAGCUACUGGCUAGAAACACAGAACUUUAACACAGCCGGCGGACAUUCGAGCCGCCCGCUGUCACUGCCGCUGGCGCUGCCGCUGCCGCUGCAGUUGCAGUCGCUGGAGAGCGCUGGCGCGUCAGAGCGCCGCCUGACCUUUGACCAGUGGCUGCAGACCAAAAACGAUAAUGACAGAAAACAGGAGUUGCUGCGUCGCCGCCAGAGUCGACGCGAGGCGCAUCGUCUGCACAGCCUGAAGCAGAUGCGCAAACAGAUGUCCGAGAAGUGCUAUGAGGAUUGGCUGCACGCCAAGCGGCGGGUGCAGUGCAGCGCCCGGCUGCCCAACGCAUCGGCCGAGGCGCAGCGCAAGCGGCGCGAAGAGUCACAGCUGUGCCUGGCCCAGUGGCAGCAGCGCAAGCGCCAGGAGCUGGAGCAGAGGCGCGAGGAGGAGCUGCGCGCCGAGCAGGAGCAGCGAGUCCAUGAACAGCUGCGCCGCCAGCUAUCGCAGCUCGCCUGGGAGCGCUGGCUCGCCCAGCUGGCGGUCAAAACCCAAAGCAAUUCCGGCCUGCAGACCGAGUUCCGGUGGCGGCAGCAGCAGCAACACCUGCAGCAGCAGCAGCAGCAGCAGCAGCAGCAGCAGCAGCAGCAACAACACCUGCAGCAGCAGCAGCGUCCGUUGUCGGCGUUGUCGCGGCUGAGCAAGUUGACGGCGGCCGCGACGCCCAGACAACGCAUACGCCUGCGAGCGCAGCCGUCGAGCGCCAGGCAGCAGCAGCAGCUGGAGCAGAGCAAGCUGCAGGAGCAGGUCACCUCCUUGUAUCUGCAUGUGCCUCUGUCGGCGGCACAGCGUGCUCUGCGCCGGCGUCUCGACGCCAUCGAUGCGGUGCACUUGCAGCGGCGGCGCAGGUGAUGCUAGCUGCAAAGCUUUUACUUAAUCCAAAAGCUCUGCCCCGCCCACAGAAUACGUCCGUUCUCCCGUUUGUCCACCUGUUGACCACCAUGUUGAACAGUUAAGUCAGCCAGCUUUAAGCACCAUGAAUACUUCACAAAUUAUACAAAGACAAUAAAUUCAUAAAUUCAUAGAAUCA